CCGUGGGAUAUGGCUGCCCAGAAAGUAGCCAUCAUUGGUGCCGGUGCCUCAGGCCUGUGUGCCCUGAAAUGCUGCCUGGAUGAGGGGCUGGAGCCCACCUGCUUUGAGAGGAGCAAGGACAUCGGGGGGCUCUGGCGCUUUGAGGAGUGCCCCGAGGACGGCCGUGCCAGCAUCUACCGCUCCGUCAUCAUCAACACCUCCAAGGAGAUGAUGUGCUUCAGCGACUUCCCCAUCCCCGAGGACUUCCCCAACUACAUGCACAACUCCAAGAUCAUGGAGUACUUCCGCAUGUACGCCCAGCACUUCGACCUGCUGCGCCACAUCCGCUUCAGGACCAGCGUGUGCCGCGUGUCCAAGCGCCCCGACUUUGCCAGCAGCGGGCAGUGGGAGGUGGUGACGGAAAGUGAGGACAAGCAGGAGGCAGCCGUCUUCGACGCCGUGCUGGUGUGCAGUGGGCACCACACCGACGCACAUCUCCCGCUCAGCUCCUUCCCAGGGUUGGAAAAGUUUGAGGGCUGCUACCUGCACAGCCGGGACUACAAGAGCCCUCAGUUCUUUUUGGGAAAACGGGUGGUCGUGGUUGGCAUUGGGAAUUCAGGCACUGACAUCGCAGUGGAGCUGAGCCCUGCAGCCAAGCAGGUUUUCCUCAGCACCAGGCGUGGGUCCUGGGUGCUGCACCGGCUGGCCAAUAGUGGGUACCCCUUUGAUUUCAGCUACAUCAGUCGCUUCAUGCAGCUCCUCCAGAACCUCCUGCCUCCAAAUAUCAUCAGUUUCUUCUUGGAGCAGAAGCUGAAUGCCCGCUUUGACCAUGCGCUCUAUGGCCUAAAACCCAAGCACCGGAUCCUUGACCAGCACCCGACCAUCAACGAUGACCUGCCCAACCGCAUCAUCUCGGGCAGGGUACGGGUGAAGCCGAACAUCCAGGAGUUCACGGAGACGUCUGCCAUCUUUGAGGAUGGCACCAGGGAAGAUGUCGAUGCCGUGGUUUUUGCCACGGGAUACAGCUUCUCUUUCCCGUUCCUCGAGGGCUUCAAGGUGAUGGAGAACCAGAUUUCCCUCUACAAAUUUGUGUUCCCCCCUGACCUGGAGAAGCCGACGCUGGCUUUCAUUGGCCUCGUCCAGCCCCUGGGUGCUAUCAUGCCCAUCUCAGAGCUCCAGUGUCGCUGGGCCACCCGUGUCUUCAAAGGGCUGCAGAGCCUGCCGCCACCCACAGACAUGCUGGCUGAAAUCACACAAACCAAGCAGAGAAUGGCUGAGCGGUACGUGAAGAGCCAGCGGCACACCAUCCAGGUGGAUUACAUCCCUUACAUGGACGAACUCGCCUGCCAGCUGGGGGUCAAGCCCAGCCUGCUCACGCUGUUCCUCACGGACCCCAGGCUGGCGGCAGAGGUGGCCUUCGGUCCCUGCACACCGUAUCAGUACCGGCUGCGGGGCCCGGGCGCGUGGGCCGGUGCCAGGGCCGCCAUCCUCACCCAGCAGCAGCGCAUGGUCAGGGCCUUGCAGCCUCGGCCCUGCGGCUGCCGUGCCCCUGCCAGCGCCGCGCCUCACGCCCUCACGGUGCUCUUCAGCAUCACCGUGAUUGUGGCCACCCUCCUCUACGUUUCGCUCUCUCCCUAGCCGAAAGGGAAUGAGACU